AUGCAGUUACAAACUUCUAACCUCGCUCAAAAUUUACAAGCCAAUAACGGUCUCAAAGAAAUGGUUGUAAAAGCAAACGAGACUAACAACGCAAACAAUUCUACUACCUCCGUACAAAUGACCUCAAAUAAUACCGGAAAUGUUGCUGCGGCGAACGUUGAUCAAGAAACUUUCAUACCUCAAAUGCCACAACAACCCCAAGUCAAAAUUACAAAGGGUGGUAACUCGGUACCAAAUUUUGAAUAUGUAUCUUAUGAUCGAGUUCAAGAUUUAUACGAACAAAAUAAGGGAACUUUGUAUUUCAUCCCAGAAGGUUUUGAACCCGUCCUGGUUCCUAAUGACGCAAAAGCUCAAACCGUCACAAAUUUAUUGGAGAAUGCAAAACCCGUAUCAGCUGCCCCAAAUGUACCUAGAAUGUUACCUGAUACCGAUGUUCGUCUUCCAUCAUUCGCCCUUCCAUGCGGUGUAGCCGGUCCCCCACCAAAAGCUUCUUCAUCAAACUCAAAGACAAAGGUCAAGAAACCACCAAGACCACCAAAUGCUUUUAUCUUAUACCGUAGAGCUAAGCAACCCGGUAUCGUCGCUAGGCACCAAGGAAUUACUAAUAAUGAGGUUUCAAAGGAGAUUGGUAGAAUGUGGCAUGAAGAACCGGCCGAAAUCCGUCAAAAGUUUCAAAAGAUGGCCGAUGCCGCAAAGCAAGAACAUAUGAAAAAAUACCCUGAAUACAGAUAUCGUCCAAGAAGACCACAAGAAAGGAAGCGCAGGAUUCAACCACGUGAAGAUUCACCAUCAGAAAGUAAUGCCUCGCCUAUUUUGCCCACACAAAGUUUACCAAUGCUUGAUACUAAUGCAUUUUACCCAAGGCGUAUUUCUUCAAUGUCAGCCGAUGGUGAAAAUUCACAAAUUUAUACCCCAACCACCAUGCUCAAUCAAAAUUAUAUGGAUGCCACAAUGGCAAAGUACGAUUUCACUUACCUUGAUGAUUCGGUCUCUCAGAAUUCGUAUGAUGGCAGCCCUAUAUCGUCUUCAAACACAACUUUUGUUAAUAACCAUAUGACAACAAAUCCGGGUGGCAUUGAUUUUAACGUAUUUGAUGCGUCACAAAACGGGUCGAACGAAGCUGUAAAUUAUAUCGACUUUGACGCUUACGAUCAGUACGAAAAUAUGGCUGCUCUCUCAUUUAUUUCCGCUGAUGAACAUUUCCUUCGUAAUAAUCCGCAAUUCGUGAAAUUCGAUUACUAA